AUUCCUGCCCUCAUUAGGGCUUAAGCUCCAGAACCACCUCCCGUUAGGGUUUAACGUCACAGCCAUUUCUGUCGAGCUCCAGGUUUUGUUGUCAUCGAUUCUUACUCUACGCUCUCGAGUUCUGCUGAUUCUUUGCAGCUUUUUGUACUGCCAGUGUUUCCAUUAUGCCGAAGUCGAAGAGGAAUAAGCUCGUGACUCUAUCCAAGACAAAGAAGAAGGACAAGGAGCAGAAAGAGUCCCUCGUGAAGUCUGUCCGCGACUGUCUCGAUCAGUACACGUCUCUUUACAUCUUCUCGUUUGAGAACAUGCGAAACAUCAAGUUUAAAGAAUUCAAGGAAAAACUUAAGUCUAGUUCCAGGUUCUUUUUAGGAGGGAACAAAGUGCUGCAGAUUGCUCUGGGGAAAUCAGAAGCUGAAGAGCAAAAGGAAGGAUUGCACCAAGCCAGCGAGUUAAUACAUGGAUUCUGCGGACUGUUCUUCACGAAUCUUCCCAAGUCAGAGGUCAUUAGGGGAUUUCAAGAGUUUGAAGAGCUUGAUUUUGCACGGACUGGUAGCGUUGCGACUGAGACGGUGGAACUUCAAGAAGGACCUCUAGAGCAAUUUUCACAUGAUAUGGAACCAUUUCUUCGCAAGCAAGGAAUGCCUGUUCGUCUUAACAGGGGCGUUGUAGAGCUUGUUGCGGACUAUACUGUCUGUACGGAGGGCGAGAACAUCUCACCCCAGGCCUCAAGAAUAUUGAGGUUGCUAGGUGUUCAAAUGGCUGCUUUCAAGAUGCACCUGCGAUGUCGUUGGACACCUAAUGAAUUCGAAGUUUUUGAAACAGAAGAAAAAAUGCAACUAGGCAAUCCUUCAGAUGGCUCUUAGGCUUGCAUUCUCUCGGCAUAGGCACUUGCUGAGCACUGCUUGAUAACUCAAACGAUGGGGUGUUAAAGUAGUUCACAGUUUGUUUAUCCAUCAUCUUUUGAACAACCUUCUGAUGAUGCUUCUGCUGUAAUUUGAGAUAUUGGAACUCCUAGACAGGCGCCGCGGCGAGAGGGAAUGUGAACUUGUAGAAAAAUGACACUGUUAGGCAGGAUAUGAGGGUAUUAUGUUUCUCUCGACUCUUUAUUAACUUGAGCUACGAGAAUAGAAGGGAACAAAAGAUUAGUAGGUGAUUCAAUCUAUCUUUAGCAUGGACUGCAAUGUACCACCUGCUCUUAAAAGAGUCCAACAGAACGGAUUCUAGUGGCACUUUCAUUCUAUUCAGAUUGACCAUAUCCUGUACCAGCGGGCGAAAUUGAUCUCG